AUGGCCUCUACUGGUCAAUUUUCGGAUACACAAAGCCUUGUUGCCCUAGUCAAGACAUUGACCAAUGCGCAACUUAAGGAUAUACUCAGGAACGAAGGACUUGCUGUCUCAGGAGUGAAAGCUUCGUUGCAGCUACGGAUCAUUGACUACAUUGAGAGACUCAACCAAGGAGGCCAUGUUGAACAGUAUGAUGACUUGAGAAAAUUUAUCUAUGCUACGGCACGUCGGCCAAUACCUAUGUCUCCAACCACACAAGCAGUCCCCGGCCAACACUAUCAACCACAUACCGUCAACCAACCUUUGCACACGCAGCAUAGACCAUCACCUUUGAGCAUACCAAUGCCACCACAUGGACAAACAUCUGGUACUCACUUAUAUUCUCAUCUACUCCGAGGCUGCGAUGGUUUCUCACUAUCAUACAGGUCGUUUAACCUUCAAAGACAGCCCAUUCUACACCGUUAUAGAGCCAUUGACUUCUGCCUCGGAAUGCAAAGCGUGGAACUCAAAGUUAUCCUCACACCAACCGUAGCGGCUAGGCUACAAGCGGAUCCCAACAUUCGGGUGAUGGUGUAUUGUGCUGCAGACACUGGUCUUAAUCAGUAUACCAAAUCCGACAUCGCAUUUCCUCACCAAGUCGAACUAAAGGCCAACCUGGAUGAAGUGAAAGCCAACUUGAGAGGCUUGAAAAAUAAGCCCGGUACAACAAGGCCAGCAGAUGUAACGCAAUAUAUUCGCAAGAAACCAGGCUACCCGAAUAAUAUUGUCUUGACAUACGCCCUUACGCAAAAGCGCUUUUUUGUUCUGGUCAACCUUGUCCAGCGACAUCCAGUCGAAGAGCUUGUUGACGAAUUGAAAAGGAGGAAGACAAUCUCGAAGGAGCAGGUCUUACGAGAGAUGAGAAGUAAAGCUGGCGAUUCAGAUAUUGUCGCCACGUCCAGUGUUAUGUCGCUCAAGUGCCCUUUAUCGACGCUCCGAAUAGAGGUUCCCUGUCGUUCUGUAAUCUGCACACACAAUCAGUGUUUUGACGCAUCUUCGUUCUUGCAACUCCAAGAACAAGCCCCAACUUGGUCGUGUCCUGUCUGUUCUAAAGCGACGAGUUUUGAAUCGUUGCAGAUUGACCAGUACGUCGAUGAUAUACUUCGUUCAACUUCUCUAGAUGUUGAACAAGUUAUCAUAGAGCCAGAUGGUCGAUGGUCUAGCCCUACUCAGGAAGACUCUGCCAAAGUGGGCGGAUAUACUCCGGCGACAGAUGAUGACGACGAGUUGAUAGAAAUAAGGGAACCCGGGGUUACGCCCAUCAAGCGAGAGUCCUUCCCACCGCCAUCUUUCUUCGUACACCAAACACCUACUCAGUCCCGAGAACCCUCAGCGACAUCGUCUGCAGCUUAUUUGUCGACAAACAAGCGUAAUGCUGCCCAGGUGAUCGACCUUACGGGAAGUGAUGAGGAGGAUGACGCUCCAGUCAGACCUGUAAAACGGCCAGCGUUUAACCAGAUGAACCGACCCUCGUCUCAGCAGGAUUUCUGCAACCCUUACAGCGGUGGCUAUGCCAACGGAGACAUUCAACUACCCAGCCAGCCUAGUUCUGAUUUUCUUAAUCAUGCUGGUGGCUAUGAUGCACGCAGUUAUUGA